UUUGGUGAGCGUGCGCGCGCGGAGGAGAGACGUGGAGGAAAAGGGAGAGCGAGAGUGAGAAUCAGAAGACAGCAUCAGAAAACCACCAGCAUGGGGUCUUGGUAUUUACAGUGAUACGACCAAUGCCCAUCUUUUCUCGUCUUCAUUCUUCAAAGGACACGCAUUGGUCUCUUAUUCCGGAUGUAAAGAAUGCUCCAGUUGACCUAACUUAAUUAAAUUGUUCGCGGAAGAUUCAUCAGUGGGGCUCGACAGCGGUGCUUGUCUCUCAUUUGAAGCGCUGGGUCCAAUGGGAGUCGAUAUAGCUUCAUUCUUCACACUCCGACGGUGGUGGUGAAUUGCGAAUAACACGUCUGAUCCCUUUUUUCCUUGACCAUUGAUUUUUGCAAUGUGAGCUUGUUCGACUCUGCUGUGUCUUUACGCAUUAAGAGGGUUUUCACCAUCGCUGUUUAAUCACGCUUCGGUCUUGAAUUGAUUAAUUUGGAAACCAUUUGGACUAUAUAACAUUCAGAAACCUGGACCUUUUGAUUGACUACCAGGGGAGACAGUGCUGACCUUUGUGUAGACUCUUUCGUGUAAGAUUUUUGUUUGGUCUCCAUCUUUCAGAGACAACGGAGUGUUCUUAUCAAAAUAGUUGCUGAGGAAUCAUUGACGAAGAUAGGGGGAGAUAGAGAGGAGGGGAAUACGAUAUAACGCAAGUGGUGGGGGAACAUGCUGCCUUCGCAAGAAGCUUCCAAGAUUUACCAUGACAACUACAUGCGGAAUUCGCGGGCAAUUGGGGUUCUGUGGGCUAUAUUCACCAUAUGUUUGGCCAUUAUUAACGUAGUGGUGUUCAUUCUGCCCUACUGGAUUGGGGACAGCGUGAACACCCCACACGCAGGCUAUUUCGGCUUGUUCCACUACUGCGUGGGCACUGGGAACUCCAACCGGGAGCUCACUUGCCAAGGAACCUUCGCCGAAUUCAGCGGCAUCCCCUCGAGCGCGUUCAAAGCUGCCACCUUCCUCGUGUUGCUGUCCAUGGUGCUCAUCUUGGGUUGUAUUGCCUGCUUCACCCUUUUCUUAUUCUGCAACACUGCCACUGUCUACAAGACGUGCGCCUGGAUGCAGCUGCUAUGCGCUGUGUGUUUGCUCCUGGGCUGUACGAUCUUCCCGGAUGGCUGGGAUGCGGAGGUGGUACGAGACAUGUGUGGCGAGGAGACAGGGAAGUACACGCUGGGAAACUGCUCGGUGCGCUGGGCCUACAUGCUGGCCAUCGUUGGCAUCAUGGACGCCCUCAUCCUCUCCUUCCUGGCCUUCGUUUUGGGCAACCGGCAGAAUGACUUCCAGCUGGAGGAGCAGCUCAAAGCAGAACAGAAAGAUUUUGCAGUGUCCAGGCAUCUCCACCUUGGCUCCACCCUCAAGAUGGACAGAGUAAGACCAAUCAGCUCCCCCCAUGUAAUCAAUAUGAUGGGGAAUAUGACCACUCAAUCAACCAAUGUGCAUGUAACUAACCCUAGCAUGCACCUGGAACCUGUUUGUUGCUGUUUCGGAUGUUUUGAUCUGCUCGCUUCUGUAAUGAGUAGUACUGGUGUUUUGCUUCCUCCCUCCCUCGACCUCUCCUCAUAUGGUUCCUGCUCGUAAUGCUUUCAUAUUAAAGGCCAACUCCUCAAUUAGCACGUCAAAAAAUACAGACAGAAAAUAGACAUCUAGAUAUCACUCUGUUCAUAUCCUCUUCCUAAUAUGGACGGGGGGGUUAUGUUCCAGUUGGUGCCUCAGCACUCCGCCAUUUGUUUCCAACGUGGGGGAGGAAUGCGAUGACUUAAUUCGGUCUGCACCGCAGCCGUCCUGGCCCAGCCAAAUGUGACACCUGUUCGGGCGGAGGAGGUAGAGCUGGGCUUCUGAACAGAUUAAUAACACUUUAAGCCCCUUUUCUCCUCCCUCCCCUCCACCUAUUAAUUCUCAGCUGAUUGACUCACUUUUGGCAUAAUCUGAUUUUCAUUCAAUUAGCGUAGAGGAAGAGUCAUCACGGCAAAGUGCUACAGCUGUUAUUAUCCUCCGCCAGGCACACUGAGUAACAAACAGGAAGUUCAUGUAGUCUCAGGUCCAAGCAGACUAACGCUGUGGAGUUAGGGGAGGGUGUGACACGCAAUGUGGGUUUAAUUAAUUGACUCAUUACUUUGCUCAUUAAGCAACGUAGCUGUUUUGCAUCGAAUGUUAAUGGCUGUUGGUUUGAAAACAUCAGCUUGGUUUCUUUGUGUGUUUUCUGCAAAGCGUUGAGAACAAAACAAGUCAAGCACAUGCAUAUUCUUUUACGUGAAAACUAUUUUUAUAACCAGGCAAAAAGACAAUUGCAUGUAAACAAGGUGACCAGAUGCACGUUCUGAGGCACAUCGGCUUUUGUUAUGUGCUGUAGCGCAGUGCUGAAUCCUAUUCAAUAUACCAGCAUAAAUAUCAAACAUAAUGAAAGUUAUAUACAAGAUGGUCCCAUACAAAAACAUAAUGAAAUGUUGUUUCUAGCUAUUUGGUCUGAAAUGUCAGAGAAAAUGUACUCAGCUGUGACCUUUAAAUGGCAUUACAUUUGUAUGUUUUUUUUCUUCAGAUUCCACACCUCAGUUACUAACAGUGACUCAUGUUUCAUGCCCAUUAUGCGUACUCCUUCAAAUCCACCAAGACAUAUCAUAUCCGCUGUAUUUUUUUAUUUUUAUUUUACUUGGCAAGUCAGUUAAGUACAAAUUCUUAUUUACAAUGAUGACCUAGGAACAUUGGGUAAACUGCCUUGUUCAGGGGCAGAAUGACAGAGUUUUAUCUUGUCAGCUCGGGGAUUCGAUCUAACAACCUUUCAGUUACUGGCCCAACGCUCUAACCACUAGGCUACCUGCUGGAUGAGAUUAAAUAUUUGACUUCAUUAUGAGUAAUAAUAAUAAUAAUGGUCACUACAGGAAUUUGUUUUCUAUUAAAGAGACCCAAGUAUAAAAUAGGGCAUCAAUUUUAAUCAAUCCAGAAUGUCAACAUUUGUGUCGCUACCCUUAUUUCAUACCAGAUCCAUUCCUGCUACGUCCUUAUUCCUCUAUCUCUCUCUCUACCUUUCACUUUUCUUUUUUCCCCAGAUUGAAAUCCGGGAGACCAAGGAUCCACGAUAGGGUGUCCAACGGUUCCACUGAGCAUCCCCCUCCCCACCCGUCCCCUCCUCUCCUUCCUCAGCUCAGCUCUUCAGGUCCAACCACUGGUCUUGAAGUGGAGGCUCCAUCCAGCUGUUUGUAAAAAUAGAAAUGAAAUGGAAUAGAAUAGAAAAUAUAUGUCUGUUUGAAGAGAACUACGAUAAAAAGGAAUAAUAUUAUCAGCUUUAUAAAACUCUGGGAAAAUAAUAUAUGAUAUACAGUAUUAAUUAUUUAUCACAUAAUAUUACUGUAACAAAGGUAAUUAAGUUAUUGAUGAUGAUAAUGCUUGCGGCAGGCGUAUUAUAUGAAAAUCUGCAUAUAUAGACAUAUUUUCAUUUUCCCCUCUUUGUAUAUGAAGUCUGGUUCCAAGAAAUACACAAGAAAAGGUGUUUCUAUGGAAACAGGGUAAAAAGACUUAUAGCAAGUAUUACCCCAUUAUUAUCAUCCCUCCAAACCCGUUGGAAUAGCAACCUCUUUUUGAUCAGCAUCUUGGAAAAAUGUGGAUUAUCGGCAUCAUUUAUUCUCUUCUCUCCGUGUAAUUUCAUCGAUCAACAUCCCAGAACCAACAAAAAUCAUCAGGGGCAAGGACAGUGGUAAUGAUGGACUGAAUUAAUUGACAGGCAUUGAAAAGAAACAAGACUUAACUGCUCUCAGCUCUUUCAUUCUACUGAAUUUCGACCACAUCAUUUUUUGGGGCCCAUUUCUCUUACCGUCAUGUUCCAAUGGUUCUGUUUGUUCGUCCCACCGAAAGACAAAGCCCUACAUGCUGCAUCUAACUCAGGCUUGCAAAAAAGGCUCACAGUACUCUAUGGUCUGUCGGCAACAAGCUCCAUGCCUGAGAAACAACAUGCUCCAUGCCUUAGACACAACAAGCUCCAUACCUUAGACACAACAAGCUCCAUAGCAGUUUGGCCACCACUGAAGAAAAAAUAGGGAAAAAAAGACUAAAUUAUGUUUUAUUUAAAAAUAUAUAAUUUUCAGGAUGGUAAAAAGUUCUCAGCGUAAACUUAAAUGACUAAAAGCAGAUGUAGAA